AUGGCACCGUCAAAGCAGGCAACUCUGGGGAAGUUUUUUGGUGCGAGAAAUCCAGCGCCGCAGCAGCAAACGAAACUUGCAUUUGCCACAAAAGCUUCUCCUCCAGCGGCUAAGGGAGACAAGAAUUUGAGAACCAAAGAAAACGUAGAUCCAGAAUCAGACUCCAAGAAGCGAGUUCGGUCAUCACGCAGCACUGGUCCCGUCAAAGCGGGACUUGAUGAAGAUGAGGAGCCUAUAACUAAAAGGACGAGGAGAACUCGAGUCAAGAUAGAGGAGGAAGAGGAUGAGCCUGUUGUACCCAACUUAAAAAAACAGGAAGUUGAGGAUGCCAAUAACAAGGACGGCAAACCAGAUAUCAAGUAUAUCAGAGCCAGAACGAGUCCAAAAGCAGCUGCGGACCACGAGUCUGUGAAAAGUCUCGAUGAAGAGAACCCAAAUGAGGCUGCGGCAGGCUCCGGCUCCGAUGUUGGAGAAGAUGGCGAACUCGAGGAGGAGCCAGAAGUCGCCGCCAGGGCGAGGGAGAAAGUGCAAACACAACUCAAAUCAAAGACCAACAAACCCGCUUACCCAGACUGGAAGCCCGGAAGCCCUGUUCCGUACGCUGCUUUAUGUGAGACCUUCUCACUGAUUGAAAUGACGACCAAGCGACUGGUCAUAAUGGAGCAUUGUUCCUCGUUUCUCAGACAGGUCAUGCGCUUGACUCCUGAUGACGUGCUGCCCACGGUUUUGUUGAUGAUCAACAAACUCGCACCGGAUUAUGCAGGUAUCGAGCUGGGCAUUGGCGAAUCGCUGAUUAUGAAGGCCAUUGGAGAGACAACCGGUCGAAGCCUGCAAGUCAUCAAGGCUGACCAAAAGGAGAUUGGUGACUUGGGCCUGGUUGCCGUCAAGAGUAGAUCUACUCAACCUACCAUGUUCAAGCCAAAACCCCUGACGGUACGGGGCGUGCAUCAGGGCUUGAUGAACAUUGCCACCGUCACCGGUAACGGUGCCCAAGGCAGGAAAGUCGAUGGCAUCAAGAAGCUCUUAUCUGCGGCCGAUGCUCAUUCGACCACCAAAGCCGACAUCACAAAGGACAAGGGUGGGCCUAGUGAGGCCAAGUAUAUAAUAAGAUUUCUUGAGGGAAAGCUAAGAUUAGGACUAGCGGACAAGACUGUGCUCUCCUCGUUAGCCCAGGCAAUAGUCUGUCAUGAGGCGGACCAGAAAGGCAAAGUUCCCAGCACAACCGAGAUGGCGGAAGGCGAGACUAUUCUGAAGACGGUCUACAGCGAGCUGCCUAGCUACGACGCCAUAAUCCCGGCCGUGCUUGAGCAUGGCAUCAUGAGGUUGAGAGAGAAUUGCAAGUUGCGUCCUGGUAUUCCUUUGAAGCCCAUGUUGGCGAAACCAACAAAGGCUAUCACGGAGGUUUUGGACAGGUUCGAAGGCCAAACCUUCACCUGCGAGUACAAGUAUGACGGCGAGAGAGCUCAGAUUCAUUACGUUUCAAAGGAAGCCACUCAAGAAUUUAGCCAGGCAGCCGUCGGGGCUGCCAAGCUGGCGGCUGACGGGGUGGCCAGCAUCUUUUCCAGGAACUCGGAGGAUCUGUCCAAAAAGUACCCCGAUAUUCUCGCCAAGCUGCAUACCUGGGUCAAGGACGAUACCAAGAGCUUCGUACUUGACUGUGAGACUGUAGCCUGGGACGUUUCCGAGAUGAAGGUUUUGCCGUUUCAACAAUUAAUGACCCGAAAGAAGAAGGAUGUCAAGGUGGAAGACGUCAAAGUCAAGGUGUGCGUCUUUGCGUUUGAUUUGUUGUAUCUGAAUGGCUCGCCCGUUGUGGGAAAGUCUCUGCGGGAGCGCAGAGCCCUGCUUCACGAGUCUUUUGCGCCUAUAGAGGGUGAGUUUGCGUUUGCUACGUACAUGGACGGCCAAGAACUCGAUGAGAUUCAGCUUUUUCUCGAUGAGAGCGUCAAAGCCUCGUGCGAGGGAUUGAUGGUGAAGAUGCUGGAUGGGACUGAGAGCGGAUACGAGCCCAGCAAACGCAGCAGGAACUGGCUCAAGGUCAAGAAAGAUUACCUGGUUGGCGUCGGUGACUCGCUGGACCUGGUCGUCCUUGGCGCUUAUCACGGCAAGGGAAAGCGAACCUCGGUGUAUGGUGCAUUUCUCCUCGCGUCCUAUAAUCCGGCCGACGACACCUACGAGACGGUUUGCAACAUUGGAACAGGCUUUUCCGAGCAGGCUCUCGAGGAGCUCCACACGCAGCUGUCCCAGAUUGUGAUUGAUCGUGCCAAACCCUUCUACUCGCAUUCCUCGGGCAACCAGCACCAACCGGACGUGUGGUUCGAACCGCGGUACGUGUGGGAGGUGCGGACAGCAGAUCUGACCCUGAGUCCUCGGUACAAGGCGGGAUGCAAGGAAGGAGUCGAUCCGGUUGGUGGCAAGGGCAUCAGUCUGCGGUUCCCGAGAUUUAUCAAGCUGCGCGACGACAAAAAGCCCGACGAGGCAACGAGCAGCAGACAAGUUGCCGAGAUGUACAGAAAGCAGGAGAGUGUGACGAAGAAUAAAGGGCCGUCAGUAGACGACGACUUUGAGUAUUGA